CUCCUCCUCCUCCUCCUGCUCCUCCUGCAGCCGCAGCCUCCUCGUCCGUCCUCUGGGCUCCUCGCCUGCCCCAAGCGCUCUCUGUGUCCCGGGAGCGUGCGCCGUCGGGGCUCCGAGGAGGGCGGCCAGGGAGGAGAGGGAGGUCUCCGCCCCGCGGGGGAGGCACCCAGCCGCCCGCCGGACAUGUCUUCCUCCUCCUCCUCUUCGCCGGCGUCUUCCUCUCCAGCCCGGCGCUCCCCGCUGGCCAGGGACUUCGAGGAGGGCGGCGGAGGGAGGAGCGCCAGCCUCAAGCGCCCCAGUCUCCCCAAAUCUCAACUUGCAAGAUGCUACUCUGUUGCAAUACCACACCAUGCAUCAUGCAUUGAUGUCAGAGUUACCAGGCAGUCUGGCUGGAAUACAGAGUUUACAUAUGGGACACUGGACCACGGGAAAAGCAACCUGCGUGGAAUUUCAUUAGAUGAUGCAGACUGCCUAUGGCCUAAGGAACUCAUUGCUUCUGGAAACAGCCAGACAUCUGUUUCAAAGGCUGGCCGCAACAUUCCUCGGAGACACACGGUAGGAGGCCCUCGGAGCUCCAAAGAAAUUUUAGGAAUGCAGGCAUCGGAAAUGGACAAAAAGAGAGAGGCGUUUCUGGAACAUCUAAAACAGAAAUAUCCGCAUCAUGCCACCGCCAUAAUGGGCCACCAGGAAAGGCUAAGGGAUCAGGCUUUGCAGUGCAUGUUGGUCUCCUUCCAUUCAGAACUUGACAUUCAAAGGUACUUGAUGAAAAUUGAAUCCUCUCAGAGAACAAGGAGCCCCAAGCUGUCUCAAAGCCCACAGCCCAAUUUGGGAGAUCAGGCCGAAUAUCUAUCAGAGGCAUCAGGCGACUCCCUCGAAAUCAUGUCUGAAGGAGAGCCUCUUUCUCCUUUCUCAAGAGGAAGCCGCACAAGAGCCAGUCUCCCCGUGGUGAGGACAACAAACCAGACAAAGGAAAGAUCCCUUGGAGCUUUAUAUCUUCAAUACGGAGAUGAAACUAAACAGCUAAGGAUGCCCAAUGAGAUCACAAGCACAGACACUAUCCGUGCCCUCUUUGUAAGUGCCUUCCCCCAGCAGCUGACAAUGAAAAUACUGGAAUCCCCCAGUGUGGCGAUAUACAUCAAGGACGAGAGCAGGAAUAUCUAUUACGAAUUAAGUGAUGUAAGGAACAUUCAAGACCGAUCUUUCCUUAAAGUUUACAACAAAGAUCCCGCACACGCAUUUAAUCACAUGCCAAGGGCUGUAAAUGGAGACAUAAGGAUGCAGAGGGACAUCUUUUCCAGUUCUUCUCGGCCAGGAUCAGCUGCUCAUCCUCCUCCUCCUCAUGCACUUCCAACCUCUCCACCUGCUACCCCAGUGCCCCACUCUAUGCCCCCUUCCCCAUCCAGGAUCCCCUACAGCAAUGUCAGACCAGUCAGUGGCCCUGGCAACGCAACUAUCCCCAGGGACAGGCUUUCAAACAUGCCAGCUUCACGGUCUAUCUCACCAAGCCCUAGCGCCAUCUUGGAAAGAAGGGACGUGAAGCCAGAUGAGGACAUGGGUAACAAAACCCUGACUCUCUAUCGGAAUGAGGGCCUCUAUGCUGACCCCUACUUGUACCAUGACGGCAGGAUGAGCAUCGCAGGUUCUCACACAGGACACCCUCUUGACAUACCUGACCACGUCAUCGCUUACCAUCGUAGCACAAUGAGAUCUUCAAGCACUUACUGUAAUCCUAUGCAGCCUGAAAUUAUGGAGCAGACGCUAUAUCGGCAAAAAUCAAGGAAAUACGCUGACAGCCAUUUGCCAACUCUUAGUUCCAAAACGCCUCCCACCUCGCCUCACAGAGUGGCCGAGAUGCGGAUGAUAGACAUUCACGCCCAUCACAACACACCAAUGUCUCCCCAUGCCAUUCACCUUGACAGGUCAUCUCCUGGGCGCCAGUCUCUCAAGAAAGAUCCAGGAACUCCUGUGUUUGUGGAGGGAAAGCCAAGAAACAUGAUGGGUUUACAUGGCAUGACUGAGGUAGUCCCGUCUGUACCAGACAAGAAAGCAUUUGGCUAUGGAACAGUAGUGAUACCCAAAGAAACGGAGACAAGAGAGAGGAUGCAAGCCAUGGAAAAACAGAUUGCCAGUUUAACUGGUCUUGUUCAGUCUGCGCUUUUUAAAGGGCCAAAUACAAGUAAUAGCAAAGAUGCACCUAGUGAGAAGAUAGUGAAAACUGUCUCCAGCAAAAGCAACCUAGAGAGGACAGGAUCUGCUCAUGUAUCUGGUGGGAAGAAUUCAUUAGGAGCCAGCGAGGCAGCUGUUGCUGCUGCUGCAAACAUCAGUCACUCCAUGCCAGUGGGCUGCACUGCUAUGCAAGUCAGUCUCUUUGACAUGAAGCGCAAUGUGUCGGAUCUUCGCCUCCAACUGCACCAGAUGAGACAAUUGCAGCUGCAAAACCAGGAGACGCUCAGGGCCAUGGUGAAAAAAGCCGAGCUGGAAAUCAAUGACAAAGUGAUCGAAAGAGCAAAGAAACUUGAAGAUCCUGUGCAACGGCAGCGACAUCUGGUGGAGCAAGAAAGGCAGAAAUAUCUUCUAGAGGAGGAAAGAAUUGUGAAGAGCUUGUGUGAGCUGGAAAGUUUUGUUGAAGAUCUGAAGAAGGAAUCUAUGACAACCAGUCGAAUAGUUACCUUAAAAGAUGUUGAAGAUGGAGCUUGUCUCUUGCGGCAAGUUGGAGAAGCUGUUGCCAACCUCAAAGGUGAAUUUCCAACUUUGCAGAAUAAAAUGCGAGCCAUUCUCCGCAUCGAGGUGGAAGCAGUGCGAUUUUUAAAGGAGGAACCCCAUAAACUGGACAUCCUCCUGAAGAGAGUCCGGAGCAUGACUGAUACACUUACCACUCUCCGAAGGCAUGUUACAGAUGAUCUGCUCAAAGGAGUGGAUCCUUCGCAAGCUGCCCAGUACAAUGCAAUGGAGAAAGCCACUGCAGUGGAAGUUCUGAAAAGCCAUGAAGAAAAUGGAAAGAGCCACACUUCUCCCUCGAAAAAUGUAGCUGAAUCUCUGGCAGAGCCCCCUGUCAAAUCAGAAGUGAUGCCGGUCUCCACCGUGACAGUCCACCAUGUCCAGAGUUCACCAGUAGUCAUCCAUCAGUCUCAGCAUUCCUCAACGUUAGUCAACCAGGCUCCAAAUUCUCCUCUGACAACCACCUUCACUGUGGCUUCACCAGGGCCAAAUCGUACAACCUCCACUGCGUCAGAGUCAACAACAGUGACCACAACAGUUGUUCAGCCAAUGCAGGCACCCCUCUCACCCCAGGUAUCAGUGAAUGGCUCCACCAUGCAAAGCCUUUUUAUUGAAGAACUUCACAAUGCCACUACAAGGAACAGAGCACUCUCGAUUGAGAAAGCAGAGAAGAAAUGGGAAGAGAAGAGGCAGAACCGGGAUCAUUACAAUGGACAGGAGUUUGAAAAACUGCUUGAAGAAGCACAAGCAAAUAUCAUGAAGUCAAUCCCAAACCUUGAGAUGCCUCCACAAUCAGCAGUCUCACCAAAAGUCAAUGUAGUGGAAAAAGAAGUCUCUGUAGAGACUUUGAACCCAGAACUGGACACGGAAAAGCCAAUGAAGUCUCCACCUCCUCCACCUCCACGUCGCAGCUAUCUGGUAGGAUCUGGAUUAAGCACAAGAUUGGGUGAAAUCAGCUACAUGACCAGGAAAGACAACAUUGUGGCCAAGGAAAGUAGUGAAGAUAGUUCAGCAACCCAGCCUAAAGUACCUAAAGAAGAUUCUGCAUCUCCCCAGUCUCCGAGUACAGUUCCACCUGCAAAAGGUGACGAUGAAGAAGAAGAGGGGGAUAGAAUAAUGGCAGAGUUACAGGUUUUCCAGAAGUGCACUUACAUGGAUGUAAAUUCAAACAGUCAUGUUGAACAGUCCAGAAAUGACACACACACAAAAGAUGCAAGGCCUGUGGCCUUAACACAAUCCAAGGAGAAGAAGGUGUAUGGGGAGGCAACAAAAGAUAGUGACCACCCCCAGGACAAGCAUGAAGAGAGAACAAGAGAGAUGACCUCAGAUGCUUCCAGUCUCACCAAACAUUCUGCCUUCAGCAGAUACUUGAUUUUGGAAGAGAAGGAUUAUGCUUCGAAACAUUCUCUUAAAAUAAACACAAACCUCUCCAGUGAGUUAGAAAAUGAAAGAAAACACAAACCUGAUGAAGCACAAUAUCCAGCUAUAGAAACUGGAAGACAAAAGUUAAGUUGUGUAGUGAGUGAGCCUGAUCAUGGUGCAUCACAGAAUGAGUUUCUAGAAGCUGAUGGAGCUCAGCUUCUCAGACAGAUAAACUCACCAGCUAAAGAGAUCUCAUUAGCUCACCAGUCCCCCCAUGAGCAAGAAAUGCCUGCCGGUGGUUAUAAUCAAGUUGUGCUAAGACAUAAGCUAUCCAGGAACACAACUUUAAAUAAUAUUGAUGAGGUGGAGUCACCAACUAGCUCUCCCAGUGAAGAAAAUCUACAGUCGGAGAACAUUGCUUUCAUGAUCACCAAAACAGCUGUCCAGGCUCUGUCAAGUGGAGAGGUCCACGAUAUUGUCAGUAGGAAAGGUGAAGAUGUGCAAACUGUUAACAUCGAUUCCAAAAAGGAAAUGGCAACUCAGCAAGACACAUCAGAGAACCUCGAAAGUGAAGAACCAGUUGUGUGCUUGGACAAAAAACCAGUCAUCAUUAUUUUUGAUGAACCAAUGGAUAUUAGAUCAGCUUAUAAAAGACUUUCAACAAUAUUUGAGGAAUGUGACGAAGAACUGGAAAAAAUGAUGACUGGAGAGAAGAUAGAUGAAGAAGAGGAAGAUAUUGAAGAAUCAGACAUAACUGAUGCUCAUGAUAUAGAGGCUUACCAGAAAGAUAGUAAUAGGAGGCAUGCCACUGAGUAUACGGCAAACCAUAGAAGUGAGCAGUUUGGACCCCAUUCUCCAUCUGAUUCAUCACCUCAAGCCACAUUGCCCGAAGGGCAGGAAAUAGACAAGAUGGAUCUUGGGAAAUCUAGAGACAUUUAUGGACCACAUCCAGAACCAAAGCUGGAUGUCUCUGAUGCUAAGAAAAAAUUUAAGUUUAAAUUUCCAAAAAAGCAGUUGGCUGCUCUUACCCAAGCAAUACGCACUGGAACUAAAACUGGCAAGAAAACUUUGCAAGUUGUAGUAUAUGAAGAAGAAGAGGAAGAUGGCACUUUAAAAGAACAUAAAGAGGCGAAAAGAUUUGAAAUCCCUAGUUCUCAACCUGAAAACCCAUCUAGGAAGCAGGAGCCAAAUGUAACUGUGCAGAUAUCUAGGACUGAUGAAAUUAGAAAGAAUACAUACAAGACUCUGGACAGUUUGGAACAGACCAUUAAACAGCUGGAGAGCACCAUUAGCGAAAUGAGUCCAAAACCAGCUUCUGAAGCCUCAGACCGAUUGGAACGAACAUCUGCAGGAAGCUUUUUCUCAUCAAAAGAGCCCAUAGUGCUGGAAGAGAGUAAUGCUGAUGUUGAAUCCCCUUCAUCAUUACCAGCAACUUCACAUAAGGCUUCACCCAGCACUUCCCAGACCAGCAGAAUGCCAAUCCCUGCAGCCACAAAAAGUCGCCCACCAGGAAGCGUGGAUAAAACCAGCAAACCACACAAACUACAGGAUCAGCGCCAGUACAGACAGGCUAAUGGAAAUGCUAAGAAAGCUGGUGGGGACUAUAAGGCUACUUCCCCUACCCUCUCUGCUUCAAAAAUUCCUGCCUUUUCUUCCACCUCUGGGAAAAGUAGCUCUGUGUCUAGUGGUGAUAGCACUAAUCUUCCAAGCCCACCUACUAAAGCCUCUGUUCCUCCUUCUAACCCUCUCAGUCCUCAAACAGGUCGUCCUACUCAUUCUGCUUCCUUCAUCCCUUCUGUUUCUAAUGGCUCCUUAAAGUUCCAGAAUCCUACUCACACAGGUAAAGGCCACCAUCACCUUUCCUUCUCGAUCCAGACUCAAAAUGGUCGGCCAAACCCUCUUCCUCCCUCUCCCUUCUCCUCGCCCUCCUUCUCCUCUCCCUCUCCCACCUCUCCCACAUCCCUGAACCAAGGGGUGAAGAGCAUCAGGUCCAUCCACACGCCCAGCUUCACCAGCUACAAGUCCCAGAAUGGAAGCGUCAGCAAAUCCACUCCAUCUUCCACCAUCACCAAGGAACCAUCUUAAAGGUUCACCAAAGUCUUCUCAGUCGUUGAUGGAAUUGCGGCCAAUAUUGUAGCAGAGGAAUGUGUUACCAACCCCGUUGUAUCAUUUUAGGUUUAAUGCUAAACUUGUGCUAAAUAUUGGGUUGAUAUUCUUAAUUUAGAAUAAUUAGUUUUAUAUGCAUUCAUUGCUGUUGAAAUGCAAUAGAGUGCGUUGGGGUGUGUGGGUGCGUGUGUGGGGAAAAUGAUGACCUCCUUCAGGCGGAAACUGUUACAAAAAUGUCCUGAGUUUGAGUGACAAAGUAUGUGUGUGCAAAAAUGUAUCGAGCAUGGAAAAACUGUAUUAAAAUGAAUUGUUUUGUAUAAAGCUAUUUUUAAGUACAAGAACUAAACAUGGUGUGAUAAUUCAAAAUUAUAAAAUGGAAACUAAAAUAUUUUUCUUUUAUUUUAGUGUUAAUUCAGAUUUGUUACAGAUUUCUAUUUUUAUCAGCAGCAACAACAAAAAAGACUUCAUGGUUACGUUAAAAAAUCUUUUUUGCCAAAACAUUUGAUAUCGUUAUGAUGUACAUUUGAUAGUAGUAUGCCGAACACUUCCUCUACACAAGCCACAGACUUAAGAUGGAUGCUGAUGUGUAUGAGAUGAUUUUAUCGAUUGCACUGCCAUUUAGAUUAUAUUUAAUAAUUUGCAAUGCCAAGGAGAAAAAUUGUUUGUAGAUUUCGGCAUUUGCUGAUUAGUUUUAGCUGAGUCUCCUCUUCUUCAUUUCUCCAUUUUAUUGAGACCUGGAUAUAUCAUGAAGCAUUGCAUAGUGGAUUUUUUUAAAAAGUGUACACUUCUGUACUGUUCUGUAUAAUGGAAAACAUUUGUACAUAAUAUAAUAUAAAUAUAUAUAAAUAUAUAAAUAUAAAUACUGUAUGUGGCUGAGCACAUAGAGUAGGUUUUCACACCAAAGGUCCAUUUUAUGCAUGGUUUUAAAGUAUACUUUUUGGGGGGGGGGGUCACUAGGAGAUGAAAAGUGGGGAGAAGAUGGUUUUUAAAAGCAACAUACAUGGAAAAACUAAUGUUCUUUCUGUAAAUAUCUUAUUUGUACAAUGCUAUAAUAUAAUAUGCCGACAUACAAGCACACAGUCACACAAAAACCCUUUUGCAGAAAAUAAAGGGCUGCAUGCUUAUGUUUUGGUAUUAUUUUGUCACACCUUAAUUAUUUCUUAAUGUUUAUAAUGAGUCACAUGUAAACAAUGACACAGUCCAACCUUUAAGUAUUCUGAAGUCUCCCUGAUUUCAGUAGACUGCUUGUGAUUAAAUGUCCCAUUCAAAUCUUAUGGGCUUUAACUUCAGUGGCUCCUGCUAGAGCUUGGAAAUAACUAAUCAAUAAAUAUGUAUUCUGAUUUAA